UUAAAAUGAGUAAUUAUAAUUUUAACUACAAGUUCUUGGACAUGUUUAAUAAAAGAAGAACUAUAUUUUUUUGGGGGGUUUUCACACUACUAAUUUUUUGGUUCAUUGGAAUUCGAAGUAGAGAUGCAUCACGAUAUCAAAAUUUAAAACAGACAUUGGAACACACUAAAAAAGAAUUACAAAUUAAUUCUAUAAAUUAUAAUAUUUUAAAAGAAAGAUUUGAAAGUAUAUGUGAUAAAUGGCAACCAAAUAUUCCAGUUAUAUAUGCCAUUACACCUACUUACAAAAGACCUGUACAAAAAGCAGAACUAACAAGAUUGUCUAACACUUUUCGUCUUGUAAAUAAUUUCCAUUGGAUUAUUGUUGAAGAUUCUGAAGUGAAAACUUCACUCGUAGCCAAUUUGCUAUAUAAAAGUAAUUUAAAUUACACACACUUAGCCAUAGGAACACCAGCUGAAUGGAAGAGAAAAUUAAAAGAACCUAAAUGGAAAAAACCUAGAGGAGUUAAACAAAGAAAUAAGGCUUUAGAAUGGUUAAGAAAUAACAGAGCUAAUGAAAAUGAUGAGGGGAUAAUCUUUUUCGCUGAUGAUGAUAACACAUAUAGUGUUGAUUUAUUUAAUGAAAUGCGAAGAGUAAAAGGUGUUGGUGUAUGGCCAGUUGGUCUUGUUGGUGGUCUUUUAGUAGAAAAACCAUUAAUAAAUAGUAAAGGUAAAGUAAUUGGUUGGAACAGUGCUUGGAGACCAGAGCGACCAUUUCCUGUUGAUAUGGCAGGUUUUGCCAUUAAUUUAAAACUUUUACAUAAACAUCCAAAUGCUGCAUUUUCAUGGGAUGUCAGUCGAGGUUACCAAGAAAGUGCUAUACUUUCACAGGUAACCACUGUAGAACAAUUGGAGCCUAUGGCAGAUAAUUGUACAAAAGUGUACGUAUGGCAUACCAGAACUGAAGAACCAAUACUAAAAGCAGAAAUAAAACUUAAGAACCGUGGUCUACGAUCUGACAUGAAUAUUGAAGUUUAAUUUCAACCAGUUAUGCAAAAAUGAGGUGUUUUAUAUGUAUAUAAUUAGGUAUUUUAGUAUAUAAUCUUGAAAGACUUGCUGCUCAAAGGAGAAAUUAAAAACCAAUUUAUACUUUUACUCUUCAAAUUUAGUUUUUUCAUAAAUUUAAAUGACUUGUUAGUUAU